CCUUCAAUUUAAUACACUCCUAAAAGAGUUAGGUAGAAAUAGAGGCUCUGAGUUGUUCUCAUUUCUUUACAAAAAGUCCAACUUUGUGAUGUUGAAUUAACAAAGAAACAAAAAAUGGUAGGAGGAGGAGGAGGAGAAAAUGAAAAGAAGAUGAAAAUACUGUGCCUCCAUGGAUUCAGAACCAGUGGCAGUUUCAUCAAAAAACAAAUCAGCAAAUGGGAUCCUUCUAUUUUCUCUCAAUUCCAUAUGGAAUUCCCAGAUGGAAAAUUUCCUGCUGGAGGCAAAUCUGACAUAGAAAGCAUUUUUCCUCCACCUUACUUUGAGUGGUUUCAAUUCGACAAGGAUUUCACUGAGUAUACUAACUUGGAAGAAUGCAUCACAUACUUGACUGAAUACAUCAUAGCCAAUGGUCCCUUUGAUGGCUUUCUUGGCUUCUCACAGGGUGCAACACUUUCAGCACUUUUAAUAGGUUAUCAAGCACAGGGAAAAUUGUUAAAGGAGCAUCCACCUAUAAAGUUUUUUGUAUCAAUAUCAGGAUCUAAGUUUAGAGAUCCUAGUAUAUGUGAUGUCGCAUACAAGGAUGCUAUCAAAGCUAAAUCGGUUCAUUUUAUUGGUGAGAAAGAUUGGUUGAAAAUUCCUUCCGAGGAACUUGCUUCUGCGUUUGAGAAGCCUGUCAUUAUAAGGCAUCCUCAAGGUCACACUGUCCCAAGAUUAGAUGAAGUUUCUACUGGUCUGUUGAAAAAUUGGGUUGCGGAAAUCGUCAGCGAAGAAAAGGUUGGUGUCUCAGUUUGUGAGCAUGAAAGGAAGCAAGAAGUUGAUACUACCAAGGGGGUGGAAAUAAACAAGGGAAAUGCUGAAACCAUAGAGGUGGUCGAAGCCGGAAAAUUUUAGCUUAUGAGGAAGGGACUUGAAUUUGAUUCAAAUUGUGUUUUUAGUAGUUUGCUGUUUCUGAUGUUUUUCUGAAGAUUUGUGUUUUGGCUGCUUAAUAAGUUCUUCUAUCUUAGAUUUACAAUUUCAGCUUCUCAUUAUGGCAGAAAAUACUAUGAAUUAUGUUAACCACUAGUCGACUACAAGAGACUUGGGAGAAACCUACACUUGUAAAGACUUCGUCUCUUCAUAUUUGCUAUUCUUUCAUAUGUGAGAUUUCAAGCAUAUUUGACAAACCUUAUAUGUUAUGUAUGAAUAUCCCUACGUUCCUAA